CCGCGCAGCUGGAGCGACCAAGCGGUGCCAGGCCAGGUGUGCGCGUCCGUCGGUCCUUCCGUGCCCGCGCCGGAGACCAGCCCCGGAGGCCGCCCGGGCCCGUCCCUGUGCCCGGCACCAUGAAGCAGGAGUCCGCAGCCCAGAACAGCCCGCCUGCCUUGCCGCCCCCCUCGCCGCCCACGCAGGCCCCCCGGGACCACGGCGACCCCCAAGCCCUGUGGAUUUUCGGGUACGGCUCCCUGGUUUGGAGGCCCGACUUCGCAUACAGCGACAGCCGUGUGGGCUUCGUGCGUGGCUAUAGCCGCCGCUUCUGGCAGGGAGACACCUUCCAUCGGGGCAACGACAAGAUGCCUGGCCGUGUGGUGACCCUCCUUGAAGAUCAUGAGGGCUGCACUUGGGGCGUGGCAUACCAGGUGCGAGGUGAGCAGGUGAGCGAGGCCCUGAAGUACCUGAACGUGCGGGAGGCAGUGCUCGGCAGCUAUGAUACCAAGGAGGUCACCUUCUACCCCCAAGAUACUCCUGACCAACCCCUCAAGGCAUUGGCCUACGUGGCCACCCCGCAGAACCCUGGUUACCUGGGCCCUGCACCCGAAGAGGCCAUCGCUACACAGAUCCUGGCCUGCCGCGGCUUCUCCGGCCACAACCUCGAGUACUUGCUGCGCCUGGCGGACUUCAUGCAGCUCUGUGGGCCCCAGGCACAGGACGAGCACCUGGCAGCCAUUGUGGACGCUGUGGGCACCAUGCUUCCCUGCUUCUGCCCCACAGAGCAGGCUUUGGCACUGGUCUGAGGGGCUGAGCUCCUGCAGGGAGUGCCUAUGUGGACGUGGGGGCCAGGUCCCCACUCCACUGCACACAGACAGACUUGAUACAGCUGGAGCCAGCUGAGAGGACUCGGUGGGCGGCCUGGGGCUUCUCUCUGCAGGCCUCUGCCUGUCCACCAGCCUCCGGCUCUCCUGCGUGACACUACUUCCUACUUGAAACUUUAUUUAUUACACCACGUUGAUGUGGUGGGCAAGGUGGGGGGUCUGCCCUGGACAUAGGGGCCCUGCUGAGCGGUGCCCCACCCCAGGCGCUUGGGGCCUGACCAGACUCCCCCCAGUGCUGCUGCUAACCCUAUACCACCCAGGCCUCCACCUCCCUAGGGAGCCUCCAACACCCUUGACCCUCUGCCCCUCACCCCCAGGCCCACCAUUCCCUAGCCCUGGAAAUACCACCUUCGACAGGUCGCAACCUGCUGGGGAGGGACAGGAGGGAGUGAGGAGAGGGUACCCUACAAGAACUGAGGCCCCUGCUAGCCCUGCUCAUCCCCCAGGUCCCCGGGGCAGAGCUGGAUCUGGAGUCCAGACACAGCUGCUCAGGCUGGGCCUGGGCCGCUCACCCAUUUGGCUUUGUUUCCUUGUCUGUCUGCCUGCCUGCCUGUCUGUUGGUCUGUUCCUGGGAAGCUUGUCACUACAGGCACUGUCGUCUUCCCAGUCUGUCCCAGACUAUUUAUUAUCCAUAAACUGAUCUCUUAUUA